UGAGCGGGCUGGGCUGCAGCAGUUUUAUGAACGGCACGGCAGCAUCAUGAUCCCCCCGCAGCCCAUCGCGCCUCGAGCUGUUCCAUUGACAAACGUUGCGGCUGCUGCAUUCCUGCCGCGCACAGCGUCGAGGAGCGGAGCGUCUCCGCGGAGAGGAGCAGGAGGACAGGAGCAGAGCAGGCAGCAGCUGCAGUGAUCCUCUACAACAACAGCCGGGGCGCCGUUCACACCAGUUUAAGAAGCUGUUGAUUCGCUACUUGGACGCGGAGUGGGUUUUUACGCAGCCUCCGCUCUCCUUCCACGCUCUCGCGGGACACUCGGGGAAAGAAGAGAAAUCACCUGAGGUGGUUGUCGGACAGUUUUGACACUCAAGACCCCCCACUCACCCCCCUCCCUGGGGGAUGGGAGGUGGUUUCGUUCAGGCUGAGGCGCAGGAACCUUUCUGCACCUGCUUCCAUGAGGCGCCCGGACGCACCGAUGGAGGAUUCUGGAUGUUUAUCCAAGAAGAAAAAAAAAGCCCCACGGAAAUCUGCAAGCCUUCAUCGGCCCAAUGUGUGAUGCGAACUGAGUGGGUGGCAUAGAACCCCUCAUUUUUCCCCUCUUCACACACACACAGACACACACACACCCCUACCGGCUCGUCCGCGGACGCGCCGUCCAGCCGGGACGCACAGACUGGUUCCACGCCGCCGGGGUGAGCAGCAUGUCCCGUGCAGCAGCGAUCGCCAGCUCCCUGAUUCGCCAGAAGCGGCAGGCGAGGGAGCGAGAGAAGGCGAACGCCUGCCGCGGCAGCAGCAGUCCGAGCAACAGCAAGGGCGCCAACGAGAAACCGAGCAAGCUGAAUGUUUUCUCUCGAGUCAAAUUGUUUGGAUCGAGAAAAAAGAGGAAGAGAAGGCGACCACCAGAGCCCCAGCUAAAGGGCAUAGUGACCAGGCUCUCCAGUCGCCAGGGCUUCCAGCUACAGAUGCAGUCUGAUGGAACCGUCGAUGGAACCAAGGAUGAGGACAGCACCUAUGCCGUGUUCAACCUUAUCCCCGUGGGGCUUCGUGUCGUGGCAAUCCAGGGAGUCCAGACCAAACUCUACCUGGCCAUGAACAACGAAGGCUUCGUCUACACCUCGGAACAUUUUACCCCGGAGUGUAAGUUCAAGGAGUCGGUGUUUGAGAACUACUACGUCACCUACUCGUCCAUGCUGUACCGACAGCAACAGUCAGGCCGGGCGUGGUACCUGGGACUCAACAAGGAGGGAGCGAUCAUGAAGGGAAACCAUGUGAAGAAGAACAAGGCGGCCGCACACUUCAUACCCAAACCACUCAAAGUGGCCAUGUACAGGGAGCCCUCCCUCCACGACCUGACAGAACUCUCGCGUUCCGGCAGCGGCACGCCGACCAAGAGCCGCAGUGCUUCAGCCCUUCUCAACGGCGGAGGCAAGAUGCGCAGCAACGACGACCUAUCCUAGCCUCUCGACAUUCUCACUGAUGCUUUUCAAACACGAGUACUCAUCCCAACAGGAACAAACACUCACCCACAAACAAACACAGAUCUCAGGCCAACAUUCCCAUUACUUGUGAAAGGUAGGAGGAGUCGAGGUCACAAAGCAGGAAGAACAAGAUCUUCCUCUUCUCAGAGCCCACUGUGACUGACUGUGAUGUACAUAAAUCAAGGACAAUCAAACCUUUUUGGCUCUACUUGCCCUGGCAAUGGAGGGGGGGGGGGGGGGGGGGGGGGGGGCUUUGCAGACUGCUUCCCUCCAAUCCUUACAAGAUAUUACAGAAAGGGGAGAAAGACAAAGAAAGGACAGACAAGUUCAGUCAGUCACACACUAGGUUCAACAGACUGUUACAGAGAACCAAAGAGUUAAAGUAUUACAUAACUGGGUUUAAAAGAGGACAGAGAGUUACAUGGAGUUGAAAAAGUGGGGAGGACAGUAGAUAUACAGGUGCAUGUCAAUAAAUUACAGGUUAAAAGGUUUGUUUAUUUUCUUCAAUAAUUCAGGUCCAAGAGUUAUAACACAAAAUAUAAAUUUACUGGUUGUUUUAGGUUAAUUUCUCAGUCCAUUGCAUAUCAUAAAGUUCAAUUUAAAGAAUAAAUGUUAAGUCAUUUUUGUGGACCUUUUCUACUUACUUUUUCCUUCUCUUUAUUUUCCUGCUAUAUGAUUGGAUAAAGCACUCUUUGCACAGCCAGGCUCUUUUUUUUUUUUUUUUCAAAAUCUUUUUAUUGAAAAGUCAGAGGUAGAAACAGUAGAUUGUCUUCAUGGUUACAAAAGACUCCUUUUUAUAAACUUUAUACACAUUCAAAAACCACACCCUCCCCCCACCCAGACUGGACCCAAAAAUAAUAGCAAUUUUUGUGCCAGGCAGGUUCUUAAGCAGUAAUUUUAUGGCUUUCACUACUUUUGGAGGUUAUCAGAGAAUGUCUACUGGUUAGCUGUUAAGUCAGCAGUCUUCAUUGUCCUCUAGGCUAGAAAAACAAGGGAAAACCAGAACAUGUUUAAUCAAUGAUGAGCUGGCUGUUGUAAUCUAGCAUAUUGGAAAAUAGGGAGGAAGGAAAAACUGUGGUAGAAAAGAGCUGUACAAGCUGUAUGGAUACAAAAAAAAAAAAACACCCUUAGAUCAUAUUUUAAUUGUGUGAAUUAGACAUGUUUGGGUUUUUUCCCCUAAAUACAAGUCAUGCAUUUCCCCCUAUGUGCAAUGCAUGUACAUUCAUUUCUUGUUAUGAGUUGAACUAAAGGAAUCAAUUCAUUGAAAUGCGCCUGUACUCUGCUGUAUGCUAUGUUUACACACAGCUCAUGGGGUUAAGUCAUAUUUUCAAAAACGAUGGACGCAGUUCCUUGUAAAAGUACGAGGAUCAUUACGUUUGCAUGCAUGUGCGCCCGUGUGUAUGCGUGAGCGUGUGAGAGCUGUGUUUGCAGUAGGCGUGUGAGAGCGCACACGCAUGUGUCUUCUACCUUUUUAAGAUCUGUUAUAUAUCAGACGAACCUCCCGAGGGCUUCAGCAGGUCACAUGUAAGGUUUACUGUAUAUGCUUCCAUGCUCACUUCUUACAGGCGACACUGUUGUUUACCUUUCCGUUGGUAGCUGUCGUCCUUUGCUGUUUGUUUGUUUGUUUGUUGUUGCAUGGAAGCUCGUUGACCUCUGCUUAGUAGCAGCAUGCUGAAGGUCCCCCCCUGGCCUUUUUUUUUUUUUUUUUUCCUUCUUCCCUCCCAGGUCUUUCAUGUUAACAACCACAAGAAAAACACUAGUGAGAAAAUAGUGUGAAACCAGAACACUAGUGAACCAAUGUGAGGGUGAUAGAACACUACUGGACCAAUAGUAUUGCACCAUAACAUGUGUGGACCAAUGGUGUUGAACCAGAACUUUGGUAAACCAAUGGGAGCACAGAUUAACUUCAUAUUUUGGUUCCUGCUGUGGACAAACUAGAAAUGUACUAAAUAAACUUUGUAAAGAAGCAAA